CGCACGGCGCCCGCGGUGAUUAGCUCCAGCGGCGCGACCCAGGAGGGCGGACUCUUUCUUAGCCCUCGCUGUCUCCCCCUCCCUCUUCCUUUUUAAAGGACGCCUUGCAGGCAGAGCUGUCAGCAGCCCCGAGGCCGUUUGUACUUGGCCGCGGCCAGGCCGACUCCUGUUCCCGUGACAGACAGGGGCGGGGGUGGAGGGGCCGCGGGUCCCCGGCGCCCGCACGCGGGGAUCUCAAAUUCUUCCUCCUUCGGGCUCCACUAGGGACCCGGCGACGGCCACGAGGAGGGGCGCUGGGCGGCGCGGGGGUCGCCAGCCCGGGACGCGAUGGCUCCCUUGAGGAGUGGGGUGGGAGGCGGCCGAGGGUUCGGCGCGCCCUUCGCGCCCGCGGCACUAUGAGACCCGCAAAGGGCGGCAGUAGCAGCCCCAGCAGCAGCGUCCGCCGGCGCCUCCCGCGGGCCCCCGCCCUCUUGCCCCCGCGCACCAUGCAGACCCCCGGCCUGCCGAGCCCGCGGCGCAGCCCCUGCCGCCUCCCCGGCCCCCGCUAGCCCGCGCCAAGGGGGGGCCUCGGCCGCCGGGGGGCCAGCCGCCCGAGCCGCGCCCCGGGAGAGGCGGCACCGCUGCCGCCCAGCCCUUCGCUCUCCCGCUGCGUCCCCUCCUGGCCGCCCCGGGCGCCCAGCGGUGAUGGGGGCGCUGCUGGCGCUCUGGCUCCUCCUGGGCUGGCUGCGCUGGAGCCCGGCGGGUGCUCAGCAGUCCGGAGAAUACUGCCACGGCUGGGUGGACGUGCAGGGCAACUACCAUGAGGGCUUCCAGUGCCCGGAGGACUUCGACACGCUGGACGCCACCAUCUGCUGCGGCUCCUGCGCGCUGCGCUACUGCUGCGCCGCGGCCGACGCCAGGCUGGAGCAGGGAAGCUGCACCAACGACCGCGGCGAGCUGGAGCACCCCGGCAUCACCGCGCAGCCCGUCUACGUUCCCUUCCUCAUCGUUGGCUCCAUCUUCAUCGCCUUCAUCAUCCUGGGCUCCCUGGUGGCUGUUUAUUGCUGCACCUGCUUGAGACCCAAGGAGCCCUCACAGCAGCCCAUCCGCUUCUCCCUCCGCAGCUAUCAGACAGAGACCCUGCCCAUGAUCUUGACCUCCACAAGCCUCAGGGCACCUUCCAGACAGUCCAGCACGGCCACCAGCUCUAGCUCCACGGGGGGCUCUAUCCGCAGAUUCUCCUUUGCCAGAGCAGAGCCAGGCUGCCUGGUGCCAUCACCGCCCCCCCCUUACACCACAGGCCACCAAAUCCACCUGACGCAGCCAUCCGGUUUCCUGGUGUCACCCCAGUACUUCACCUACCCGCUCCAGCAGGAGCCCCCGCUGCCUGGGAAGAGCUGUCCGGACUUCAGUUCCAGCUGACAGGCCACAGAGAUAAAUCCAGCCAGCAGGACAACCGGGAAGACAGGUGGAGGGUUGUCGCCAUGGCCACAAGGACUUCUGGGGGAUUUCCCUUGAACCCAGCAAUGUCCCGGAGGAAUGUGCUAGGAAAAUACAGCGCCUUCCUAGUCCUACGCUUCCCCGCUCCGAUCACAGGAUGGGUGUGUUACAGAAUUGCUUUCUGGCUUGCAAAUCAUGGUGAUUAUUACGUUUCAGUUUGCGCUACUUUUAUUCAAAAUAGGGAGCUGCUCAACUUUAAAGUUGCAAAUUGGCUGAAGAUGUGUUACUGGACAGCUCAGCUAUACUGUUUAGAAAAGGCCUAUGUGUUCUUUUUUUCAACCUAAGUUGUUUAGUGAGUCAUAAUACACAUCUAUACAUCAACAAGCAAAGAAAAACACCUGAUGGUAAUUAUUGAAAGUUCUUUUUAAAAAAAAUUAACAAAUCAGCAACAUGAGGGAACAGCUGAACAACCUAUUUAUGAUUCGGGGAGCAACUUAACCAUGAAUAACAUUAGCAUUGUGAGAAAAGUUACUUUUUAAAUUAAUAACUAAAUUUUGUUUAAAAUAUAAGUGUGUUUUUUUUUUUCCGGAAUACAAGAUUUCCAUAAUUGCACAAGGAGUUUAAAGUUUUAAAUAUUUACCAGGAAAUUCAUUGUAACACAGAUCUUACGUAAAAGCAUUUCCCCACCCACCUGAGGGAAUAUUUAUUGCAGACUUUUUGUUCAGCAACAUUUAGUGUUUAAAUGAAAGUUGGACAGUUGAGUCUUAAAACCUUUAUUUGUAAAAUGAGUUAUGUACAAAUGUAAAGAUUUGUAACUUAAUGUAUUUACCACAUUGACGGUACUAAUUAUUUAGUAGUCACACUGAAAAUUUUUAUGUUAAUAACGGUGGAGUUCAGAGCCCAGCUGUUGGUCACAAUCACCUAAAGUUGUGUAUCUUAAGUGCCGCUGAAUUCCAUGUCUGAUGAUGACCCGUUUGGGCAUAUAUCCUGCUGGGUUAGACUAAAUAAAAUACUUUAUGUUUUUUGUGAAA